AUGGGACAAAAUAUAUCGAAGUCUGAAGAAAUUGAAAAGCAAAGCAUUUAUGCUAAUUAUCCUGGGCUUGAACAACAAUUAGACAUGGUUUUUGCAUGUCAUGAUAUUUCCAAGGAUGGGAAAUUACCAUAUGCAACUGUCGAAAUGAUCUUGCGGCAUUUUUUGAUGCAAUGUGGUUUUAUGGAAUAUGUUUGCAGAUUUGUUAAUGAAGAUGGUAAACUAGAUUUGAAACAUGUUGAGAAUUAUUUAAAAUGCAAGAAGCUAUUGUACAAAUUACAAUGCUGUGGAAGUUGCAUGCUUACACUUGAUGAAAUGAAAAAUUUAGUCUUAGUGUUUUUAAAAAAAAUAUCAGAUACAUAUUUAGAAGAUCAAUCUAAGUGGAUGGAAAAAAUGAAAUCGUCACAAGAAGAACAAGGUAAAGCUUUAGAAGAAGCAAUGUAUGAAUAUGAAAAAAAUAUUUUGUUUAACCAUUCUAUAAAAGAACAGCAACUCCUUCAGAAUAAUAGAAAAUUGGAUGAAUGGAAUGAAUGCAUAGAAAAUGCAUAUGAAGUACAACAAGAGGUAUUACGACAGUUUGAAGCGAAAAAAAGAGAAAAAGCAAACCAAGUAACAAAUAAAAAUAAUGAAUUGUUAAUAGCUCAAAAUUAUAUUGAAAAAAUAAAAGAAGCAGCAACUCAUAAAAAACAAGACAAUUCAAAAUGUUUUGUUUAUCCAGCUUCAUCAGCACCAUGUGGUGCUUGCACAUCUGCAGGAGCUGUUACACCACAUCGAAGAUAUAAAGAGCCUAGGCAAAAAAAAGAAUAUUCAUUAUGUAUAUAA